UUAAAACGUGAGUUAGUUCUUGCCAGACUCAGCAUCGCUCAGUUUCCGCGGGAGGCUGCAGCUCCAUCACUCCUGCAUCUCCGCUGGCACCAAUGAGCAGAUCCCAUCAACUCAGUUUCCAGUCAGCCCGUUUCACUCUGAGCUGGGAUUUCUCGGUUGGUUUGCAUGGAUAAUAGCAGCCUACCGCACAUUCAUGGAUUUCUCAUCCCGCAACCAAUUUGACUCAAACCCGGGAUUGGUGUAAAAGAAAAAAGAAAAAAGAAAAAAAAAAAAAACGUGUGGGACUCCAAGUGGUUUCCGCCGGUGUUUUAGGUUUGGGGAAGCUCAAGUUCUGCUCUGCCUUGGACAUGGGACCGUGUGACAGCCGACGGGGAUCCGGUGCCGGAGGAAGAACAUCUUCCUGAAGGAGGACAAUCCCGUGUGCGGGAGUUUUUAUUUUUUAUUUUUUGUGUGUACUUGCUACCGGGGAGGGGGAGCUGUGGGUUUUACGCGCCGUAAUGAUGCGUCCCAGCCGCGGCUUCAUCCUGCUCCUCCUCAACGGAACCGCUUGUUUGGUGGCCUUGGGUCAAGAAGACGACCCCUCCAGCCCCAAGAGCUCCUCAGACGACUCCUCCAAAACCGUGGGCCUACUGAGCGGGCAGGCUCACCUGUCGCCCCUGAGCCGCUGGAUGCUUCACAGUAAGAGCAGGGCCGCCAACACCACCUCUCUGGAGCUGCCCUACCGCUCCCCGGUCCCUUUCUCCAAGCAGGAGUUUUCUAAACAGGAGUUUUGGGAGAUGUUAGGCAGCGACCUGCUCAAACCCGACGCCUCCAGCUCCCGGGUGAAGCGCCGGCCCAUCGUCAAGACGGGCAAGUUCAAGAAGAUGUUCGGCUGGGGAGACUUCUAUUCCAACAUCAAGACCGUGCGGCUUAACCUGCUGAUCACCGGCAAGAUCGUGGACCACGGCAACGGCACGUUCAGCGUCUACUUCCGCCACAACUCCACGGGCCAGGGCAACAUCUCCGUCAGCCUGGUUCCACCCGUCAAGGCGGUGGAGUUUGACCUGGAACGCCAGAGCGUGGUCUACCCAAAGGAUUCAAAGAUCUUCAACUGCCGCGUGGACUAUGAGAAGGUGGAUCGCAGCAAGCGCACCUCGUUGUGCAACUACGACCCGUCCCAGACCUGCUUUCAGGAGCAGAUCCAGAGCCACGUGUCCUGGAUUUGCUCAAAGCCUUUCAAGGUCAUCUGCAUCUACAUCUCCUUCUACAGCACGGACUACCGCCUGGUCCAGAAGGUCUGCCCGGACUACAACUACCAUAACGAGCUGCCCUACCUGCCCUCGGGCUAGACUUGUAGGGGGUGAGAGAGGUGGGAAGGUAGAGGAAAAUGACGUGGGGGGGGGGGGCAAGUCGGAGUGACUGCAACAUGUGAGGAGAAAAGCAGGACUGUGAAUCGCCCUUAAUGCGAAUCGUGGCAGCAGGACACCUUCAAAUUAGAACCCGCUCUGUAGCCUGACUAAUGUAAGAUGUAUAAACAUAUAUGCAAAACGAAAACGACAGUACGCAGAUAUGAUGAGGUGUUUGGAAUGCGUAAGUGCAGCGUUCAUAAACUGGACCGGCAGAGAAAACUGUCCAUUUAAUGAACGCACCUUCUUACAUUCCAUCCAGUUUCUAAAUCCCAACUUCUCGCCAGCUGAUUGUCCCUUCAAUUAAGUCAUCUGUGAAUGUCGUCUGAAUAUCCUUUUAAUCGCCCUUUACUAUAUCGCUCUCUUUUGCAAAGUUACAGGGGAAGCUUUUCCAGUGAAAGCGUUCAUUUAAAUGGUGCGAUGCGAGUCACUGGAGUGUUGUAUACCAAUUCAGACUUAUUACAAACAUAUUACGGCGUUUCACAUCACACAUUGUAAAUGACAAAAACAAAGAUGAAUGUAGAGUGCAACCAGCCACACAAUCAUUUAGGUUUACAUCACAGUAUUUUUAAAGGUCGGCUGUUUUGGUGUGAACUUUGAGUCGAUCCCAAAAGAGGCUCCUCUUACCAGCUGCCUUCCAAAUCAAAUCCCCGAGUAUUUUUUGGUCAUGUCUACUGCAUUUCACUAAAAGAGGGAUGGAGGAAAGGGGGGGAAAAUGUGCAAGAAAAAGCAAUUCAAAUAUUCCGGGUAAGGGCUUAAGACAAGUUCAGCGCGGGGAAAUAACGAGAUUCUGCAUACAGAUAAAAUUGGCCCUCAAUACUGAAGUGAGGGAGAGAGAGAGAGAGAGAGAGAGAGAGAGAGAGAGAGAGAGAGAGAGAGAGAGAGAGAGAGAGAGAGGCGGGGGGAGUAAGAGAGGGAGAGAUUCAGUGAGCUGUUUUAAUUAAAGUGGAGAAGGAGACUCGGAGUAUGCAGCUCCUUCUAUUGUCCCCUCUGUAUGAAAAAGAUUACAUUUUGUUGCCGUCAGGAUUCCUGAUUUCACGCCUUGAUAACUUUGACUGUGUGAGGCACAUUGCUCUCUCCCGACAAAUACUGUGUUCUCUAAAGUCGGCCCAUUAUCUUGAAUAAAUGAAAAUAUUAUCAUAAUAAUUACAUAUAAUUUAAUCUCCUUUAGAACUAAUUAAGGUUUCAAAGAGAGGGCAAGAUGUGUUUCCUAGAAGUCGGCGAGCAGGAGAAUAAGAGGAUGUUUCUCGGGCGCGGUGGUGUUAUUUUUCGUGCGACGCCGGCAGCCAAAGCUCGGCCCAGAGUUAACUGCUCUCAUUAAGAUAAAUGGCUACUGGCUGGCCACGUCUCAUGUUGCUCUCAAAAACAAUACCAGCGGAGAGGAGUGCACGAUGGAGCCACGAAUUAUUGCCUGGCAUUUUCUUGGCGAGGGGGCACGGUUACUUUUUGUGGUGAGCAGUCUCAAGACAGGUGUGAAGAGUUCUUAUUAAACUGUAGCCGGUUUGAUGCUAACGCGCCGUGAAGUCGGGGAUUUGGCCAGGAUCUGUGAACUCUUGGCGAUGUCCAGAAAGGUGGACCCAGGGGAGUGGGCAGUGGGGGGGGGAGGCUUGAGGCCAGAUAUGAUUGCAUCGCCUCGGCUGCUGUGUGUGAGAUUCAGUAGCGGGAGUAGCAGGGCGAAACAGUGGUAGGGCUAAAGAUAGUGACUAAGAACUGUAAAAUCUGCAAAUCAAAGCUUUGUGACCAUAUUAACUUGCGGCCCAGAGCACAUGGCAGCAGCGUGCGAGUCCGUCCGGGGGGGACAGACAGCCAUGAUGACGUCUCCUGUUGCAUGUUGAUCGUUUUAUGCGGCGUCUUGCAGAAAAAAUCGAGACUUUCCUGAAGAGGCUACCAUCAAUCAGAAGGCACACUGUGAGCAGAUUCAGAUUCGCAGUGAUGCAGUAUUCAUUUGACAAUAUGUAUAGAGUCCAAUUGGAACAUGCGAUUUAGAUCUAGGUCCUGUCUGCUGGAUGAGAUACGAGCCUGUAAAAUCCACAUCUCCCAGCAUGAAUGAACCACUGCCUCUUGCUCUGUUCGUUCACAUCAUUUCAGCCGCUUUCGCACGGUGGUCCCUUCUCCCCGUGUGUGACCCGGCCCACCGGCCUCAGCCUCCACACCCUCCCUACCUCCCUCACCCUGGCGUUGAACCCCGCAGCGGUUAGUUCCUCACGGCCGACCCCCCCUAUCCCCCCCAGCCCCCCCUCACCCACCUGCGCGCGUGGCUGAGCUGGCUAAUCUCUGUGAGCUUAAUGCCGAGCCAACCGAACAUCAGCAGCGAUAACUCCCGUCCCUCCUCCUCUACCUAUCUAUUUCCCUCUAUAUCUAUAUCCCAUCAAACAAAUGCUUGCGCACACACAGUCUUAAGAUGUUCUGGUCUUGGUAUCUCCCUCUCUGCUGUUCAAAGCAUUUUACAUAAGCCCCUGGAUUGUGAGGACAAGAAAUCUCCUCGAGAGCAUGCCAACGGAGUGCCCGACACAGAUACGCCUCAGUAACCUCAAUACUCCUCUGCUCGCCUCCGGAAGGUCGUCCGGACCGGGAGCGGGAUGCUCUCACACGUGUUGGAAUCAAAGCCGGGCAACAUGAGCCCACGGCGCUGAAGAAAAAAAAAAAAAGCAAAAGGAGACACGUUUUGGGCUUUUGGGAGGAAGCCCCUGACUCUGCUUCUCACUGAUUCCCUCUGACUCACAGCAAUACUCUCACUGAGACUCCACCUUCCCCGCAGCUCUCCGGGGUGAGUUAAAACAAAAGGCUGCUGGACUAAGUUUAACAAACACUCAUGUUGCUGUGGGAUGGACGGUGUUGUCAUGGCAGCAGCCUUACUGUUGACCCAUCUGAUGCCAAGAGACAUGUGGAUAUUUGGCCUUAGAGACUGCAAGACAACCCCGAUCCCUUCAGCAAAGAAUAGUGAAACCAACCACAUGAAAUUACAUGAAUAUACAUCUAUAUAUAUAUAUAUAUAUAUAUAUAUGUAAAAAUAUAUAUAUAUGAAAGCUAAAAGUCCUCAGAUCUGAAUAAAGUUGUAUUUAAAUGUGGGUCAUGCAGUGGAGGUUGUCUGUUUUAACGUUUUGUUCCUCAUGGUUUUGUUUCUCUAUGUCAUGUGGAUGAUAUACUGUAUGAUUGAUAUGAUGGCAAUUACUGUGGUUUUCAACAUUCUAAAAUUCAAUAAAGAACACAGGAGUACUUAAACCACUUCAGUUGUAGAGAGAGAGAGAGAGAGACGUAUAUCUGGUUAUGUAGGAAGAGGGUGUCAACAAUAUUAAAGUCUCUAUUUUCUCA